AUGCCUGCGCCGCCCAAGCAGAGAAAGAUUGCUAUCGUCGGCAGCCGUUCAGUGGGAAAAUCAUCCCUGACGGUGCAAUUCGUGGAUGGUCACUUUGUUGAAAGUUACUAUCCUACCAUUGAGAACACCUUCAGCCGCGUCAUCACCUACAAUCGUCAGGACUAUGCGACAGAGAUUAUUGAUACUGCUGGACAGGAUGAAUAUAGCAUCCUCAAUUCUAAGCAUUUCAUCGGUGUCCAUGGCUACAUGCUCGUGUACUCUGUUGCUUCCAAGCAGUCCUUUGACAUGAUCAGAGUUAUCCGGGACAAGAUUCUCAACCACUUGGGCGCUGAAUGGGUCCCCAUUGUCAUGGUUGGCAACAAAUCCGAUCUGCGGCCCGAGCAGCGCCAGGUCACCCUGGAAGCCGGCAAGGCGCUUGCUGCCGAAAUCAACUGCGGCUUCACCGAAGCUAGUGCCCGGUACAACGAGCACGUCAGCAAGGCCUUUGAGCUGAUGAUUGCCGAAGUCGAGAAGUCGCAAAACCCCAGCCAGCCCGCCGGCGGCAACAAGUGCGUUGUCAUGUAA